AACAACUUUGGCGCAUUGCCACUUCUGUCCUUGAAUCACGUCUCAUUGUUGUGUACAUCAGUUUGGGAUUCACUGCGGUUCUAUGAACAAGUUUUGGGCUUUGUUCCCAUCAAACGCCCUUCUUCUUUCAAGUUCAAUGGAGCUUGGUUGUAUAAUUACGGCAUUGGGAUACACUUAAUCGAGAAUCCAUCUAUCGACGAUUUCGACACUAGCGCUGAACCACGACCGAUUAAUCCUAAAGAUAAUCACAUAUCAUUCCAGUGUACUGAUGUAGGUCUGGUCUUAAGGAGGCUGGAAGAUAUGGGAAUGAAGUACGUGACGGCCGUGGUCGAAGACGAAGGCAACAAGGUCGAACAGGUGUUCUUCCAUGAUCCAGAUGGUUACAUGAUUGAGCUCUGCAACUGUGAGAACAUUCCGAUCAUUCCCCUUUCUUCAUGCUCAUUCAAGCCAAGGUCAAGCAGUUUCAUCAAGUCUGCACCCGCUAAAUGCGGAUUCAUUGAGAAUGCGAUGAUGGAGAGCUUGAGCAUGGAAAUGCUCAACAUGUCGUUUUGAAAUUGCACCGGAGAAACGAAAGCUGUCAACAACUUUCACUU